UUUACUACGGCUCUCAGUUAACAAGACGCGUCCGCGCAGCGAUCACAGCGUCUGCGACAAGGUUCCAAGAUGUUACUCCUUAGUUUUGUAUUAGGACUUUGUGUUUUUAAAGCCGAAGCCGUUUUGCAGAAUGUGAGCUGUCCUGUUCCUAGUCCUAGAGAACUGGAUUUGAAAGAACUAGACGGAAAAUGGUACAUGAUAUCCAUAGCAUCAGAGAUGGAAUUCCAGGGAGACUGCGCGAUGGUUACCUUCAGCCACAAGAAUGACAACACAACAGACGUGUCUAUAAGCUGGAUUAACAACACCACAGCCAGCUUCUACAACGGCUCUGUUGCUCUCAGCUUUGACCCCAACAACAACAGUACUGCUGAUGGGGAUAUUCUUGUUGUCACUUAUACGGAUGAGAAAACUGAAUCUUAUUCGUUCUUAGCGUUAGAUUACGAGCAUUACGCCGUGGUGUUUGCUUGCUAUGACAACGAUGACGGAAAUAGCAGUACAUAUGAACUUUGGGAACUCUCGAGAACACCGCACUUGAAACCGAAGCAUGUCUCGAAGAUAUACAAUGCAUUAGCGACUUACAAUCUUCAAGAUACACCGUUACUGUCAUUCAACAAUACUGAGGAAUCUUGCAAAGUCAAUUCUGGCAACGGUGUUGACCCAUCAUGCCUCAUUUUGACUUCUGCUGCCGCUAUAGCUUUGUUUCGAAGGUUUUAUUAAUUUGUUAUAAUUUAGAAAUUUAAAAAUGAUACCCUGCAGAACGCUUCGAUAUCUCCUCUAUGUGCAUUGACUGAGAGUAAAGAACGUGUUCAGUAAAAUGUUUACCAGUCCGAGUUUCCUGUUUUAAAGGUAAAAAGGUUGUGUGAAAUAUUUAAAAAUCGAAUAAACAAUAAAAGCAGGAUUCAGAAUUAUAUAUAAGUAUCUAAAUUUAGAAUUAUCUAAACUUAACUGAAUUAACUUAGAAUU